UGCACCCGAGGAACAAUGGCGAUCGUCAUUGAGAGACCAGGACCGCCCUCCUCCCCGACACCGUCUGCUUCCGCCCCCCGUCACCUGAGCCCAGGACUUACGACAGAGGGCCAUGCUCUCAGUUAUAACCCUCGCUCUGCCUUCGCUGCUAAUCUCACUCGCAGGCCAUUGCUCUGUGCCCGCUGCUCUUCCCUUCUGUGCCAGCUGCUCCGUGCCCGCUGCUCCGCCAUGAGCCUUACGAUAAAGGGUGGCCUCUCCGAAACCCGACCCGCCACAGCCAAGAUCCAGGCCAUCGCCGACAAGGUGAAGUCCCAGCUGGAGGAGAAGGAAAACAAGAAGUACCCCAUUUUCAAGGCCACGGAGUACAAGAGCCAGGUGGUCCAGGGGACUAACUACUUCAUCAAGGUUCAAGUUGCGGAUGAUGACUUCGUGCACCUUCGAGUGUUUGAAGGUCUCACUCAGGAAAACGAGGCCUUGGCCUUGAGCAAUUAUCAGACCAACAAGACCAAGCAGGACGAGCUGACCUCUUUCUAGUUCUGGAUUUUGAACUGAACCUUCACCACGUGGUUCUGUCACGUGUUCGCGUGUCGGGGUAAUGAACGCCGUCUCUAAUCUGUGCCACUUUCGCUGGAGGGGCUGCUCUGCACCAAUCCGGUGUCUCUGCUUCUGACUUUAAAAGUGUGACUUUCCUCCCAACCAAUGAUCUUAACUAAAUUGCUUUCCAAGAGGGCUUAGAUGAUCCCUAAAUAAAUACAUUUUUAAGUUUUUGCAAAUUU